AUGUUCUACCAGCCCGGCAUUGAUGACCACGGCUUACCAUAUGACCCAUUCAAAGCAUGCGUAGUACCUCGUGCAAUUGGAUGGAUCUCAACCGUCUCAUCCAAAGGCGAGCACAACCUAGCACCCUACAGCCAAUUCACAAAUGUCAGCUUCGACCCACCCAUGGUUAUGUUUAGUGCCAACCAAACGCACACCGAAGACCGAAAAGACACUGUCAACAAUAUUGAGCGCACCGGAAGCUUCUGCUGGCAGCUCGCCACAUACCCUCUCCGGGAGAGCGUCAACAUCUCAGCGGAAGCAAUCGGCCCAGACGAGGAUGAGUUUGAGCGAGCCGGCCUCAAGAAGACGUGGUCAAAGAGGCUUAAGACGUCAGUACCUAUGGUCGCUGAUUCUCCUGUCCGAUUCGAGUGCGAGUAUAUGCAGACAGUGCGCCUUCCCGGGAAACCGCCGAUGGGAACUGUCGAUGUUAUUUUUGGCAAGGUUGUUGGUGUUCAUAUCGAUAAUAGCAUCUUGACGGAUGGGAAGAUCGAUGUCUCUAAGACGAAUCCAAUCGCCCGACUUGGGUACUUUGAGUACGGCAUUAUCAACGAUCGCUUUGAGAUGGUUGUACCUGGUGAUAAGCGCAUGCUUAUUGGGCUCGAAGGCAACGCCAGUAAUAAC